UCCUCCGUUCCGCGAACAUUUCGUACCGUGUUUUGUUGUUUCCCGAUUUCGUUUGUCGUACGCAGAAAUAAUGGCCGCUUCGGGAGUUUGAUGUGCGAUGGUGUUGAUGGGUUUCUCCACACGUUAACUGGUGGUGGUUUUGGUCCGUUUGUUUGUGCAAUCAUAUUCGAUCUUAAUUGGCCAGCCAGCACUGCCAGUUCAAGACGCUCGCCAAAGCGCGGAUGGGUUGUUGUUAGUGGUUUGGUUAGCGCGUUGCCCUUUAAUGUGGUGCUCUUCAUUUGUGGGACGGAUGUGUCGGGAUAGGCAGUGAAACACCAAUCCUGUCUGCUGAUGCGUAUCCUGUCGUAUCGGUGGGCGAUUUUCGCAAAACAAACUCACAAAUAACCAUCAUCCAUCCUAAUUGUGUGUGAAUCCGGCUACUAGAAUUACAACACCCCGUCAGCACGUUGAAGGUGAAGGCUUGCCAAGGGGAUGGAUCCACCGCACAAUCCUUUCAAUUUUCAUCUGGGGCCACCGGCUUCCCAUGGUGUACAUAGCCACCCGCCGGAACCUACGCCGAGCCCGCCGCAAAGUGUUCCUGGCCGCAGAACUCCACUCGGUACGGUGGGCCUCGGUGGAUUCUACGCCCAGCCGCAUGCAUCCUCUUCCAUCCAUACGGAUGAAAAUCGUCCCUCAGGAAGUUCUGAAAGUCCACCGCCCCAUCAUCACGCGUCCGUCCCGCCGGGUGGCACCGGGAAGCAAAAGAACCGGCAGGGGAAAUCGGUCCGACUGAACAUUAACGCACGGGAACGUCGCAGGAUGCACGAUUUGAACGACGCACUGGACGAGCUGCGUAGCGUUAUACCCUACGCACAUUCGCCCUCGGUGCGCAAACUUUCCAAGAUUGCCACGCUGCUAUUGGCGAAGAACUACAUUCUCAUGCAGGCGAAUGCCCUGGAUGAGCUCAGAAGACUGCUAGCGUACAUACAGAGUGCUGCCGGUGCCAGUAUCCCAACGGUGGAUCUACGCACGAUGCCUUCGGCCCUCAAGCUGCAGCAGCUGCUGCAAGCUCCCCAUCAGGAUCUAACCCUCCAGCAGAUCGGCGGCACUUCUUCAACCAGUACGACAAGUCAACCACCACCACCGCCUCCGCCUGCUCCUAGUCAGAACCCUUAAUCUCCCAAUAGGAUAUCCAACUUAUUCUAGUUGUGUGUGGUGUGAAAUGCGACGAAUGUAACGAUUUGCAAACUACUAGUUUAAGAUUUCCAAAGCCUGUAGUGUGAUUAAGAUUUUUCAUCUACUCUCUAGUCACUUUUUUUCUUUUGAAACUGAAUAUUGUGUUUUCUAUCACUAUCUGUGUAUCGUGUUUAGAGCUGCGUACCUUGUAGGGUAUUUAGGGAAGCAAUAGCAUGGUUGCCAAAUUAAGUUUAAGAAUUUGUGAAAUGAGAAA